UUGUUCUUCCUCUUCGCUACCUUUUUUUUUUUUUAUUUUUAAAUUGUUUGUUAUCGCUGGGAUAUUCGACAAAUUGAAGCUGCUGCGUGUUUUUUUUUUUGUUGUUUGUUUUUGUUGCGUGGGUGUGUGAGCCAAGAGAAAAGAAAAUUUGUCAAUGAUGGAUAAAUCAACAACAACGAACACGGCGAAAGCUAAAGCCGCAACUGAUGCUAAUGUCCAAAAUGAGGCAGCAGCAACAACUGGAGCUGGGUGUGGCAGCAACAAUAACAACAACAAUACUGCCAGCGCCGACGGCAGCAACAGCAGCGCCAACAACAACAACAACAACAACAACAACAACAACAAUAGUGGCCGGCAACGUUAUUCGCAGGCUGCGGCCAUGGCAGCAGCAAUGGCCACAACAAGUGCGCUGCUCAGCAGCAGCAGCAGCGGGAGCAAGCACAACAGUUCCACAACAGUUGGCAGCACUACUGGAAUGGUCUCGGGAACUGUAACUGGAACGGGAACGGGAACGGUAACUGGCAGCAAUAUGAUGAUUAACCUAAAUAUCAGCACCACAACCGGCGGCAAUUUCGGCGUCAGCGUCGAGCCGCACAUCAGCGUCGAGAGCCUGAAGAAGAUAAUAGCCAAGAAACUGAAAGUGGCCAAGGAUCGCAUCUGUUUGCUGCAUCGCGAGAAGGAACUACAGGAUGGUACGCUCAGAGAUCACAAUUUAAUGGACGGUUCCAAGAUCAUUUUAAUACCAAAUGUAGAAACUGGUUUGCUGGCACAGCGUCCGGAGAAUACGGUGAUGCAGGCGCUGGAAUCGCUUAACGACUCGCAGGUUAAUGACUUCCUCAGCGGCAAGACACCACUUAAUCUGAGCAUGCGACUGGGCGAUCACAUGAUGCUCAUUCAGCUGCAGUUGAGCACCGUCAAUCCCGCAGGCGGCACUGCUGCCGGUGCGACGGCUGCCCUGCCAGCGCCAGCGGCGAGCGGCAACAACAGCUUAGCCGCCGGUUGCAGCAGCGGCAGCAGCGGCAGCAGCAGCAACAGCAGCAGCAGCAGCUCUUCCACUGCGGCUUCAAGCACAGCCAUGGCCUGCAGUUAUGCAGGUGGCAGCGGCUCCCAUUCGUCGCAUACGCGCACGCGCUCCUCCAGCCAGCGGCUGGCAAGCGGACGCAUCGGCAACGGCCAUGUGCACAGUCACCAGCACCCGAGUCUGCAGCACAGCCACAGCCAUCAUCACCAUCACCAUCAUCACCACCACAACGCCUCGGCGGUGGCCGCGGGCAGCGCUGGCGGCAUGGCAUCCACCACACGCAAACUGGACAUGGAGCGUUCCAGCGGCAAUGGCAGUGGCAGCAGCGGAGGCGGAGGCGGCGGCAGCCGCAUGCUGACCGCAGCAGGCGGUAGUUCGGGUCAUGGCCAGGCACACCACGCCAUCAAGAGCUCCGAUCUCAGCUCGUUCCUAAGCAAGCGUGACUACGAGAGUCUACAGAAUAUUGUGAAGAGCAUUGCGCUGACGCAAGCGCCAAGGGCAGCAGCAGCAGCGGCCGCUGCUGCCGCAGCAGCUUCCCAGGCGGCGGCAAUACAAGCCGGCGGCUCAGCGACUGUGGCAUCAACGUCAGCGACGCCGACCGCGACGGCGCAGUCAAAGCCACUGUUGGAGCAGUCGCCCAUCAAGUCGCUUUCCAAUCUUGUCUCGAGCCCUAUCAAAACGACGGCCAUUAAGAAUAUACACAUUGCCCAUGGCCCGGGCGUCAGCUCCAGCUCCAGCUCCAGCUCCAGCUCCAGCUCCAAUACCAACAUCAAUGGCGUUGCCAGCUCCAGUUCCUCCACUCAACCGUCAGCAGCUGGUGCUGCUAGCUGCACCAGCGGUGGCUGUCAGCAGGAUCCGAUAGCCGCCAAGCUCACCUCGUGCUUGUGCACGCGUCUAUCCACACCAGCACCAGCAGCACCGGCUGCAGCAGCAGCUGCUCCGACAACUGUGCAACCCAGUCCGAACAGCAGCAACAUUGGAGCUGUGGCACGUGCAUCUGCUGGUGCCGGCUGCGUGGUAGACAGCUCAUUGCACAAGACUGUCAACAAUCCCAUUACCGUAACACGCUCCAAGCAUCGGCAUCAUCAUCAUCACCACCAUCACCAUCAUCAUUAUCAUCAUGCCGCAGCUGCUGCUGCUGCUGCUGCAGCAGCGCUUAAGCCUCAAGAGGCAGCCACCGCGAAGAGUGGAACAGCAGCAGCAGCAGCAGCAGGUGUCACCACAGCUAGUAGCACGGAACUGGAUGAUGCCGCUCUGGGCGUGUCGGAUACCCGCACGCUGGCCGAGGCAUCGCGCAACCUCACCCAGACAUUGCGCAAGCUCUCCAAAGAGGUGUUCACCAACAAGAUUGAUUUGUCUGGCGGCGGCAGCGUUGGCGUCGGCGCCGGCAUUGGCGGCGGGGAGGAGACACCGCGCAAAACUGGCUCUGGCGCUGUCAUUGAGUCAAUGAAGAAUCACGGCAAGGGCAUCUACUCGGGCACCUUCUCGGGCACACUGAAUCCGGCGCUGCAGGAUCGCUUCGGACGGCCCAAGCGCGACAUUUCCACUGUCAUUCACAUACUCAACGAUCUGCUAAGUGCCACGCCCCAAUACAGUCGUGGCGCACGCAUCAGCUUCGAGGCACCCACCAGCGGCAGCAUCAGCAACGGCGCCUCCACCACCUCCAGCUCCACAAGCGCUUCCAACAGCACCGGCAGCAAUGCCGCCAAUGGCAUUGCAGCCAUCACAGCCGCAGCCCCAGCAGCAGCAGCUGGUGCACUGCAUCAUGGUGUGCGCAGCAAGCUGUACUCGACGAAGCAUCACAACUGCGCCAAGUGCAACAGCCGUGCGCAACAGCAGCAGCAACAGGCAGCAGCAGCAGCGGCGGCUUUGGCUGCUGGCAGCUGCGCCUAUGGCGAAUGCAAUGGCCACUAUUUGGCCAAGGGAGGAUCCUCUGUCGCAGCUGUUUGCGGCACCAAGUCAACCCCACUCGGCUGCUGCACAGAUGUUGCAGCCAGCAGCAGCAACAGCGGCAACAGCGGCAGCAGCAGCGCGAAUGCCACCACGGCAACUGGCAGCUCGAGCGCCUGCAUGUGCCGCUAUCGCACGGUCGGCGGCAGUGAGGAUAACGGCCAGAGGGAACGGGAACAUAUGUGCCAGAAGUGCGUCGUGGAGCUGGCCAAUCUGAAGACCAAGUCCAAGCUAGACCAGCUGCGGCUGGUCAUGCAGCAGCGCAAGCAAAAGCGCGAGGCGCGCAAAUUAAAGAGCUCGCCCUACGAUGCCAGCUCGGGCAUGGCGCCAGUGUCCAGCGUUGAGGCGGUGCCACAGUACAGCGCUGUAAGCACACUGGUAACAACGCCGCCGCAGGUGGCCAAGACAAAGCACAGCAGCAACAGCAGCACAACAGCAACAACAGCAACAACAACAACAACAACAGCAGCAGCAACUGCUGCAGCUGCAGCAACAAACACAGCACCGCCCAGCGAGGUCUCACCAAACCACAUAGUCGAGGAGGUGGAUACGGCCGCCUAAGUGCAACUGCAACUGUUCACCCUUUGUAGCAUUUACUAGUUAAUGUUGCAGUUGGACAAACAACCACAACAACAACAACAACAAUUAGUUUUAUAGUUUUAUUAAUAUUAUUAUUAUUAUAAUUUUUUUGGCUUUAUAAUUUGUUUAAAAAUGCGGCAGCGCCACGUAAACUUCCUGCAACUACCACACUGGCUGGUGCAACUGUUUUACUUAAACAGCCGCUUACCACAAAUCCACACACCCAUUGCCCCCUCCCUAUCCAACCCGAUCCACUCGUUCCUCGUAACUCGCAAUUGUUUGAAACAACAGAGAUAGAGAGUGAGAGAGUAAGAGAGAGAGAGAAAGUCGUUGAGCUGUUAAAUUAAUUUUAAGAUACUUAACAUCAACAUUAUGAUCAUUAACAAAAUCAUUGUUAACAUAAUUAACUAUUAAUCGGCCCGCAAAUCUCAAAUCCCUAUUCCCUCCCUCCCCCACCCCUCUCCGACCACCUACUCAUCCGGCUUUCCAGCUGUCUGGCUGGUAAACCCUUAAAUAAACUUAAUUUAGUAAAAAUUGUCAAAUGUAAAAUUAAGCCUAAAGAUGUAAACAGCAGCAGCAGAAAAAACACGAAAAGAAAAAAAAAAUGAUGUUGAAUGGUAAAUUUGAUGUAAAAGCCAAAGCGGCGGCAA